AUGUCCAGCUCUCGACUCUCAACGGCGAGAGCAUGUAGAAGCUGUCCACCGGUCACUCGGACAACACGCUUGUAUUUCACCUCUUCCGUGCCCAACGCAUCCACCUCAUCCGCCGCAUCAACCAAACCAGCCAGACUCCGUUUCGCCCCCUCCCCCACCGGCUUCCUCCACCUAGGCGGCCUCCGAACAGCCCUCUUCAACCACCUCUACGCCCGUGCUCUCGGUGGUAAAUGGAUCCUCCGAAUCGAAGAUACCGACCAAACCCGUCUCGUCCCUGACUCCGUCUCUGCUCUCCAACACACCCUCGAAUGGGCUAAACUAGACUACGAUGAAGGACCAUCCGCCAGCGGCUCCCACGGGCCAUACGUCCAAUCUGAACGACUCGAUCUAUACCGCUCCCACGCAGAGAAGCUCAUCGCUGAUGGUAAAGCGUAUCGCGACUUUCGACCUGAGGCUGUUGCCCCUGCUGACGACUCUGCCCGUACAAAACAAGUUCUGUUACGAGACAACUACAUUCCUCCCACAGAGAGUGAGGCUAAACAUCUUAUAUCGCUUAACAGACCUCACGUUGUUCGCCUUCGCGCACCAACCACCGCGCUCGAUCAUGAAGAUUUGGUAUACGGCUCGAUUCACUUUCCCUCCGAUCCAAUCCUGCAGGGUACAGGAGAUCCAAUCCUGCUCAAAUCCAACGGGUGGCCCACCUACCACUUAGCCAAUGUAGUAGACGAUCAUGAGAUGGGUAUAACUCAUGUUUUGCGUGGUGAAGAGUGGUUGCCUUCUCUGCCGAAACAUAUUUGGUUGUACAGGGCGCUUGGGUUGGAGCCGCCGAAAUUCGCUCAUCUGCCGCUCCUGGUAAACGCAGAUGGGACUAAGCUGAGUAAGCGGACGGGUGAUGUGAAGGUGGAGAAUUAUAGAGAAAGGGGAUUUGAACCGGAAGCAUUGGUUAAUUUUUUGGGUUUGAUGGGGUAUAAUAAUCUCGCCUAUCACCAAUCUGAUGCGAAGGGAAAGGAGGGGGGAAGGGGGAAGGAGGAUGAGGCAGGAUAUGAUGUGUUAACAAUGGAAGAGAUGGUGAGAGGAUUUGAUGUCAAGCAUGUCAAUAGGAGUAGGGCUACGGUUGACUUGAGUAAGCUGUAUUAUCUGAAUGCUAGACAUUUGGCGUUGAAGCUCGAGGACAAGAGUCCAAAUGGUGGCAGGGAUGAGUUGGUCGCUAAGAUUCAGCCGAAACUUGUCGAAGCGUUCCCUGAAGUUAGCGAUCGACUACGAAGCGACCCCGGGUUGAUGGAAAACGUAGUACUGUUGACGAAAGGUACCUCACCAACGCUAUACGACGUCCCUGAAUCAGCCAUACCGCUCUUCCGUCGACCAAGCUUCGAGCAGUCAGAAGUCAUAGCUUUGUUUGCAAAGAACUCCCUGAUUCAUGCACAUUUUGGCGCUGCAGUGAGAGAAGCUCAUAAUCUGUACAGUCAGCUAGGGGAGAGCAAGGAAAAAUGGACACGAGAAGCAAUUCACGAAGUCAUCGCAAAGCUGCCCAAGGUGCUCAGCGAUGCAAAAUCGCCAACAGAUGAAGUUGGAGGAUCGAAAGCGCCAAAGUCAAAAGUCAAAAAGGCAGCUGUGUUGGCGCCAUUAAGGUUUGCAAUUAGUGGGAAGGAAAGAGGGGCUCCCUUGGCGGAUCUGUUCUUGUUUCUAGGUAAAGAGGAGUCGUUGAUUCGUUUGCAAGGUGCUGUUGAUGCCCACGAUGCAGGGCUGCUUAGUGCGAAGACACCGUGA